AUGGACUGUUGGAGAAGACAAGGAAGACGUAGGGGUGGGGGUUGGGUAUUUGGGGUUGCGGUUGUAUUGUAUUGUUGGAAAAGGAAGUGGGCAGGAAUUGGGAAUAAGAGUGGGCUGCUGAAUGGGUCUAUGUUUGGGCCAAAGUUAGCUGAAAAUCGGCUCAAUUGUGGUCUUUAUGUUAUGGCCCAAACCAACAUUACCACUGAUCAAUUAGCUCUUCUCUCUUUAAAAUCCCAAAUCAUUUCAGACCCCUUUCAUUACUUGGAUGGAAGUUGGUCUCCUGCUACUUAUGUUUGUCGUUGGGUCGGAGUCACUUGUGGUUCUCGUCACCAGCGAGUGAAGUCCUUGAAUCUUUCCAACAUGACUCUUACAGGCAGAAUUCCACAAGAUUUUGGAAAUCUCAUAUUUCUUCGUUCACUUGACUUGGGAAGUAACAAUUUCAUAGGAAAUUUGCCUCAAGAAAUGACACGCUUGCGUCGGCUUAAGUUUCAACAAAUUCAGAAUAACAGUUUCACUGGUUCCAUUCCUCCGUCACUCUCGAAUGCCUCAAGGUUAGAGACUUUAGAAAUAUCUGCCAAUUUACUUCAAGGAAACAUCCCGGAAGAGAUAGGCAAUCUUCAAAACCUGAAUAUGUUGUCCAUAGAACAUAAUCAGCUUACGGGUUCUAUACCAUUAACAAUUUUCAAUAUUUCUAGAAUCGAAGUCAUUGCAUUUACAAAUAAUAGCUUAUCAGGAGAUCUUCCCAAUGGUUUAUGCAAGCAUCUCACAAUACUCAGGAGGCUUGAUCUAUCAAAAAACAAGCUUCAUGGUCAUAUGCCUAAAAGCUUGUCAAAUUGUUCACAACUUCAAAUAUUGUCUCUAUCGGAAAAUGAUUUUGAUGGACCAAUACAUACUGAAAUUGGAAGAUUGAGUAACUUGCAGACAUUACAUAUCGCAUCAAACCAUUUCACAGGGGUAAUUCCACAAGAAAUCGGAAAACUUGUUAAUUUGGUGAAAUUAGAUGUGGAGAGAAACCAGAUUACCGGCUCUAUCCCAAUCUCCAUAUUAAAUAUAUCCUCGUUGCAACUUGUUUCACUAUGGAGGAACAAUCUCAGUGGAUCCCUACCACGGGAGAUUGGCAACUUAACCAAGAUGCAAAUUCUAGAUCUUAACGAAAAUAGGUUUACUGGUGAAAUACCCAAGAUAAACAAUCUUGUUGAACUGGAGGAAUUUGAUGUUGGGUUGAAUAGUUUUAGUGGUUCACUUGCAAUGGAGACUUUCAACAAAUCACGGUUGAGAAUACUUUCACUUGCAUACAAUAAUAUAUCAGGGAUCCUACCAUCAAACAUAGGUUCUAUCUUACCAAACGUUGAAGAGCUUUAUCUGAAUAGCUUAACCAAUCUUGUUGGGACUAUUCCUCAUUCUAUCUCCAAUUGUUCCAAACUUACUCUCCUAGAGCUUUCAGAUAACAAACUCACGGGCUUGAUUCCCAAUUCUCUUGGAUAUUUGACUCGGCUAAAAGCCCUAGUCUUGGAGAUAAACAAUUUAACCAGCGAUUCAUUUUUAAGCUUCCUGACUUCCUUAACCAAUUGUAGAAAUUUAACAUAUCUUCUUCUAUCUCUGAACCCUCUAAACGGCAUGCUUCCAGUAUCAGCAGGGAACCUUUCCACAUCUCUUACAUUGUUUUACGCACAUAAUUGCAAGAUCAAAGGUCGAAUUCCAAAUGAAGUCGGGAACUUAAGCAGCUUAUUAGAUCUUGAUCUUUCUGGAAACAACUUGGUUGGAUCCAUUCCCAGAACAAUUGGCAACUUGCAAAACAUUCAGCGCUUCAAAAUGAGUGACAACAAACUUAUAGGAUUUAUUGAAGAUAAUAUUUGUAAAUUGCAGCAUUUGGGAUAUAUUUACUUGGGUCAAAACCAACUUUCAGGAUCUCUUCCUAAUUGUUUAGGGAACAUCACUUCUCUUAGACAGAUACAUAUGGGUUCUAAUAAAUUGAGUUCCAAUAUACCAACUAGCUUAGGGAAUCUUAAAGACUUAGUGGUUCUUGACUUAUCGUCAAACAACAUGGUUGGUUCUUUACCUACAGAAAUUGGAAAUCUAAAGGCUGUGACACGAAUGGAUCUGUCGAUGAAUCAAUUCUCAAAUAGAAUUCCUAGACAAAUUGGGGGAUUACAAAAUUUGGCGCACCUUUCUUUGAGACACAACAAGUUGCAAGGAUCUAUACCUGACUCAAUGAGCAACAUGGUAGGUUUGGAAUUCCUAGACAUUUCUCAUAAUAAUAUAUCGGGAACUAUUCCCAUAUCUUUGGAGAAACUACAAUACCUCAAGUAUUUCAAUGUUUCUGACAACAAGUUGCACGGAAUAGCACUUGUAUUUGUUCCUAUCGCCUUUGUGUUCGUAUGGAUAAGGUAUAGAAGAGGUAAAAGAACUCCUCAACGAGCUGAUUCAUUGCCUAUCGCAACAACAGAAAGAAUUUCAUACUAUGAACUGCUCCAAGCAACUGAUUUGCUUAGCGAGACUAAUCUGAUUGGUUCUGGAAGUUUUGGCUCUGUUUACAAAGGCGUUCUCAGGAGUGGGACUGCCAUUGCUGUUAAAGUGUUCAAUCUGCAACUGGAAGAGGCAUUCAAGAGUUUCGAUAUAGAAUGUGAAGUUUUGCGUAGCCUUCGCCAUAGAAAUCUCGUGAAAGUCAUCACUAGUUGUUCCAACCUUGAUUUUAAGGCUUUAGUGCUCGAGUAUAUGCCUAAUGGAAGUCUUGACAAGUAUUUGUAUUCGCACAACUACUUCCUAGACAUCAGGCAGAGACUAAGCAUUAUGAUAGAUGUUGCAUGUGCUUUGGAAUAUCUUCAUCAUGGAUGCUCCUCUCCGGUGAUUCACUGUGACCUGAAGCCUAGUAACGUCUUGCUGGAUGAGGAUAUGGUUGCCCACCUAAGUGACUUUGGUAUUUCAAAACUGCUUGGUGAAGAUGAGAGUGAUUUAUACACUAAAACGUUAGCAACAUUUGGUUAUAUUGCACCGGAGUAUGGACUGGAUGGACUGGUGUCAAUAAAAUGUGAUGUCUAUAGUUACGGGAUCAUGUUGCUGGAAACGUUUACUAGGAGAAAGCCUACUGAGUUUGAGGGAGAUCUUAGCUUGAAGCAAUGGGUGAGUUAUUCACUACCCGAGGCAGUAAUGGACGUUGUAGAUGCCAACUUGGUUACACCAACUGAUCAUAAUCGCUUACAGAAGGAGUUAGAUAUCGUGGCAUCAAUCAUGAAAGUAGCAUUAGAUUGUUGUGUUGAAUCUCCGACAAGAAGGACAAACAUGAAAGAUGUUGUAGGGAUGCUACAGAAGAUCAAGAUUCAACUUCUUGCAUGUUGA